GGCAGCGGCAGAGGCUUUUGGGGACUUACCGGAAACCAAACUUUUUUUUUCAAGCCUCAAACUUGUAACUGCUGAAGUCGAAAGAGGAAAAAGAGCAGCAGAGUCCCUUUACAUUUCAGCCUCAUACACAGUUCCUUGUUUUUCAUCGUCAUGUUGGAUGUGAGAAAGUUGAGACGAAGAGAGAUCAACAGUUUUAACCCGAGAUAAAGUCCUGCGUCGAGCGUUUUCUUUUGCGCAUAACGGGAUCUUUGUUUUUAUAUCAUGGAAGAUGGUGUGAAAGAGGAGCCAGCCAAGCCCAAAGAGGUGAGGAGCGCUGGGAAGGCGGGCUGGUUGAAGAAGUCUUCAGGGAAGUUCUUGAGCAGCUAUAAGGACCGGUACAUUCAGCUGGACCGAACCGUGAUUGAGGUCUAUGAGAAUGAGGAAUUAACAAAAUGCCUGGAGAAACUGGACUUGGACAACUACGAAACUUGUCACGAGUUAAAGAGUCCUUUCAAGAAGAAACACAGACUGGUACUACUACGAAGCCCCAAGAGCGGUAACAAGGUCCAAGAUGUCAAACUUCAGGCACCAACCCCUGAGGAGAAAGAAGCCUGGAUCAAGGCACUCAGUGAAGGAAUCAAUAAGGCAAAGAACAAAAUAUUUGAUGAGGUAACAGUUGAUGAAGGCUCCUCAUUAGAACAUGUCACACGGACCCGACCUAAGGGGAACCGUGGAAGAAGACCGCCAACAAGGAUACACAUGAAGGAGGUUGCGAAUGUCUCCAGUGAUGGAAUAUUGAGACUGGACCUUGAUGGUGACAUUACCAUGCCGAAUGGAACUCAUGACUUGAAUACAGAAGGGGAUAAACAAACCGAAACUUCUGUGACUGUGACAAUGAACAGCAUUCCAGAGGAGGACACUGAUGAAGAAUCCACAUCCCAGAAGAAAGUUAUAAAGCCACCCAUGCCGCCAUCGAAAGACAACAAACCUAGUGAAAGCCAUAAAGAGGAUGAGCCCAAAAAUGAGGAAGCUGCACCGCAAAAGAAGAUUCUUACGCCACCGAUGCCUCCAUCAAAGGAUUCUAAACCUUGCGCCUCUGUUGAUGGGGCUGCUGUUGAGGAGGAUGUCUCGGACAGUAAAGUGGAGGUUGAAAAAGAUAGCACUGACUCUUCUGAACAAACCCCUUCCGCCAAGAGCGUCCAGCCCCCUACUCCUCCAUCCAAACUUAUGAAGCCCAGCCAACCGGUCACAACAGAGGAAAAAGAACCUCAAGAGAAAAAUGGUGAAGUGGAUGGAGCUUCAAACGAGAAAGAAGACCAGAGCAAGUCAGAAGAGGUAGAGACCUUUGUUAUAUCCAAAACGGUAAUAAAACCCCAAGUAGUGAUGUGGGAUUCACCCACUUUGCCAUCUAAAGAACAUAGCGAAGAACAAGCAAAGAAAGCCUCAGAUACCACUGGAGAAGUCGCAACCUCAGUAGAACCUCACCAACUUAAUCUUACUACAGUUUCAACCCCUGAAUCUGUAAAAAAGAGUCCCGGUCCUCCUGCUCCACCCAAGAAGAAGCCAUUCAAGACACCUUCCAAAAAUGAGGACGCUCCGCCGCAAAGUGACCCAAUUGUCCUUACCAACACUGCCAUUUUGUCUUCGGAGCAGGCUUCAAAAACAGAUGAUAUCAAAUUGACGAUUCCAGAACCCAAACAUGAGGCUGUUGGUGAUGUAUUGAGCGAAGAGUUGGAGGAGAAGUCUUUAGACAGUGGUCAACACUCGGGGGAAGAGUCUGAGACUGGCGACCAAGUUAUGGCACCAUCCGCAAAGCUCAAAGGAAGCUCCCAGGUACUAGAUUUGGAGAUCAGCGAGGAUGAUCUUGAACCAUCCGACUGCAAAGCCGAGAGUCUAGAGGAGCCAUCGUUAAAAACCCCGUCCACCACCCCAGAGACCUCAGUCCUCAAUGCACAUCCAACCCCGAGCCAUUGUGCCAACAAGACCCUGUUGAUCACCGUGCCUCUCCAGCAUUCUUUCAAGGCUCGCUCUGCAUCCCUUGGAGACCUCCUUGCGGAGAACGCAGAGAAGGUGGAAAGCAAGGGAAAAGAUAUAGCAAUUAAACGGCAUGGAAGUGACGUGAAAGACUUGCAAAGCAAAGUGUCUUUUGAGAUAGAAGAGACGGGAGAGAUGCUGAAUGCAAUCGCAGCUGGACAGAGCGGAGAGGCAGAAAUGAAGGGGGAAGCGACCCCAGAGGUCUUGCUCAAUGCAGCAAUGGAGAAGCUCAGGAAAGCUGACCAGUUCUUACAGGAAGCCAGAAGUCUUAAAGAUCGUAACAAAAGAUUGAGUUUGUAAUGGUAAGUGUUGGUGGAAAGAACCCAUAGGGAUGAUCAAUGCUGAAAAUGUACAGUAGAGCUGCACGAUUAAUCGUUAAAAGAUCGCGAUCUUAUUCCUAAAUAACAAUGUUCACACUCCGCUGACGCUUGCAAUGUGAAACAGGCUUUAAACCAAAGACUUCAGGGACUUUGGUUAACCUUUGAAACUACGAUCACACUGCAACGUUCAAAUCUGCAUCCGCGCUGCCGCUGAUCCAGAGAAAGAGCAGCUUCCAUAAAUGUACAGUAUGAAACAGCCUCACUAACAGUCUUUUUAAUCAUAUAUUAUCGUUAUUUAUUAGGGAUGCACCGAUUAUAGAAAAUUUUGGCCGAUAACCGAUAAUUCUAUAUAUUUGAAAGCCGAUAACCAAUAUAUAUUGGCCGAUGAAUUGAAAAUCCAAAUUUUUAUUUCAUUUUUGAGAGCCUGAUUACAAAAACAAGUCUCACCAUUAAAAGCCAUGUCCCAAGCACACAAUUAUAAUGUUAUAUUAUAUCAUUAUAAUUUUUUGUAGCCUAAAUGACAGAUCUGCGCAGCACAUGUUGCACUUCUUUAAAGUGACUCCAAUCAUAUCAAUCAAUUCAAAACCAUCAUGGUGAACAGUGCGCAUCUGAAGUGUCUCAGCUGAAGGAAAUAAUCAUUUUUUUAUCGGCUUUAAUAUAUCGGCCAAAUUUUCUUAUCGGCCCAAUAACGUUAAAAAUGAACAUAUAUCGGCCGAUACUGAUAUGGUGGCCGAUAUAUUGUGCACCCCUAUUAUUUAUGUGUUACAAACAUUUAAAUAACAGGCAAUAAAAGUGUACUGGGAUAAAAGUUUAUAGUUUGGGUAUAAACAUGUCUACGGUAGCGAUCAAAAUAGAGUAAAUCAACUUUUGAAAGUGACACCUGUAUGUAUUGUGUCGUUUAUCUCUUUAUCCAGGAGGUGGCGACAAGUAACUGUUUAAAAAAUCAUUGAAUUAUUAAUUCAAGAGAUUAAUUCACAAAAGCUGAUUCAUCCAAUAAUGAGUCUUUAUGAACGAGACAUUGACUCCAUUCAAAUUAUUUUUUAAUUAUUUUGUUCAAACGAAUGUUUUUUAAAAUAGAUGGAAGCAAUGAACAUUCUAUCAGAACCUCUAGUAAAUUACAUGUCAUUUUGUUUAGUUGUCUAGUGUUUUUUCUUCAGAAUUGUGGGAGAAUUGCGAUCUCCAUUUAAAAAAAAAAAAAAUUGUCCGAUACCGAUAACCGAUAAUUCUUUAUAUUUGAAAGCCGAUAACCGAUAUAUUGGCAGAUACAUCUAAAUCCAAAUUUUUAUUUCAUUUUGAGAGCCUGAUUACAAAAACAAAAGUCUCGCCAUUAAAAGCCAUGACCCAAGCACACAAUUAUAAUGAUGUAAUAUUAUUUAUCCAGAAUGGUGCAGCUCUAAUGUACAGUAUGCAAAAGAUCAAAUGCAGUUCUUACCCCCAACCAUUUUCAAAUCUUCAAGCUACUUUUUUAAACCUUUCAAGGCUAAGAAGCCUAACAGUUUUGCUAAUGUAGCUGCGUAGCCUCAACGGUGUGUGCUAAUGUAGAUAAUGAUACUGCAGUCCUACGUAUUGUUGCUAGGCUGACAAACCGUUUUCUCUCCAAAAUAAGUAAAAACUCAUAGCUAAAUUUGUACAUGCUACAGAUUAUUUUGUGGAGAAACAGCCAGUUAGCUCACCUGCUGUAAUGUCAAGUGUGGUUCUUAGCUUGCUUCAGUCGACCAGCUUAUAUUUCGCACUUUGUUCAGUAGAUUUGUUAUACACAAAAUGUGUGACUUCUGCAUCAGAUGACAAACCCCCCAUAAAUGACAUGUGCACAUAACCACUAUUGGGACCACUAUUGGGAUAAGUUUACGCUAACACGCGUUUGUUGAGCGGUUUAUGUUGUAUUUUGAAUUUUGCACUGCAACUCCUGUGUAAAAAGGAGUUGAAAAUUAUGCGUGAAGGGAUAUUAGCUAGUGAAAAUGAGAAUUCAAGAGGGAGAGAUACCGAAGUGCUUUUUAACCGAAGUUGUACUAGUACGUUUUGUUCACAAGCCCUAAUUUUCCACUUUAAAAGUACUGUAAGCUAUUGCAGCCAUUUUGCUAUCUAAACUGAAUUAGACCACCCGUGGCCUCCAACCCGAAAUUCCCAGGGAGAGAGUUUUUCUGUUUGGCUUGUUUUCUGUUUUGCUGUUUACAGAGCCAAGACAAAGAGACAAGUGUGUUUCUUGACUCUUGAGACACCUAUUUCAGUGAUAUCUGAAAAAAUACAAAUUAAAAUACAGCACCUUAAACCUUGUUGAUCAUAAAAUAACUUUAUAAUAAAUAAUGGUCACAUGAUCACAGUAUAAAACAAAAUAUAUAGCAAAUGAAUAGCAGUGUACAACAUAACUGUAUAUUUCCUGGUCCAUGUCUGUUGUGGAAAGUGCAGGCCAGAGUUUACAGUUAGUCUUCGUUUUGUGUUAGCAUGAUGACCAUUCAGUUCUGAACCAUUCAGUUCUAUCAUAGUAAAAGUGAAUGAUCAUGACAUUGUUAAACUACCUAAUUUAUAAUAUAAUAUCCUAUAAUGUUCACCAAUACAGUACCGUUCUAAAGUUUGAGAUCGGUGGGAUUUUUUUUUUUUUUUUUUUUGUUCUUUCAUAGUCUCUUCUGCUCACCAAGACUGCAUUUAUUUGAUCAAAAUACAGUAAAAACAGUAAUAUUGUGAAAUAUUAUUGUAACAUUUUAAAAUAACUUUUCUAUUUUAAUACAUUUUAGACUUCAGUUUAGUCUUGUGAUGAUAUUAUCAAUGUUAAAAGCAGUUGUACAGUGUUGAAAUCAUAAUAGAUUUUAUUUUCAGGAUAGAAAGUCCAGAAGAAUCAUUUGUAACAUUAUAAAUGUCUUUACUGUCACUUUUGAUCAAUUUAUGUUUCUUUGCUGAUUAAAAGCAUUAAUUAAAAAAAAAAAAUUCUGAAACCAGACUUUUGAAUGCUAGUGUGGGAGUUGAAACUUCACCCAGUCGUCUUCAUUUUCUGCCAUAAAAAGGCAUAAUCAUGCAAACACUGCUGGUUAAUACUCUGUCUCGUGUGUUCUUUGUCAUACUAAUGCAGUGGCCGCAGCGGUUCGCUCUUCACACAGUCUAUUAAUAAUCUCCAGAUAUUAGCUUCCUGCUGCCUCAGCACGCCACCUUUAGUUUCUUGUUGCAGAGAGAGCUGGUUCACACAGCAUAUAUAUAUAUAUAUAUAUAUACAUUUGUUUGUUAUGGGUGAACACUUACUGUCUGUAAAACCAACUUGUGUAGAAGAUGAUAACAUCAAGUUAGUUUUACUUCAACUUCUUCUAGACCUAACAGAAUUGAGAAUAUUCCCAUGAUGAAAAGUGUUGUUGUUUUUUUGUUUUUGUUUUUUGUGGUACCAUUUUGUAAGAUAUGAUCUUACAUGUAAAUAGUCCUUGAUAUAAAGUACAUAGUCUUUGAUAAUGAGAUUCAUCUUAGUUCUUUGUCCUUUGCGCAGUAUAUUUCUUUUAGCAUUUUAUUUCCCUCUGAGAUUUCGAUUUGUAUCAUUUAACCCAUAUUUUUAAUGAAAACAAAGCUUGGUGAAUAUUUGAACAUUAUGUUGUAAAUAACACGGCCGCCAGUGAAAUGCUUAAUAUUUAAGUUAUUAAUGUUCUGACAUAUUCAUGUUUAUUGUCUGUCUAAAACAAAGCUUAAGAACAAAUUUAGAAUGACUGUUUACUGUUAAAUGUUUACUGUUGAUUUUUGUAGAGGCUGAUGGUUUUGUUAUGUCUUACAGUAUCUGAUAAUUGCAUUCACUAACUGGACUAAUGUUUUUUAUAUCUAAAUGCAUAUUAAAUGUGCAAAAAUGGGAAAUAAUUGCUUUGCAAAGCAUGUCUAAAUAAAGACAGACUGUCUUUAAUAUUCA